AUGACCCUGCAAGUGUUUGAAGCGUACGUGAGGUCAUUAGUGAAAGCCGCUUGGAGAGGCGAUGUUCUACCGGGAAUUGAGUUGGUUUUCUCUGCUGGUAAAGACGGGACAACCAAGCCGAGUGGUUUAAAUAGGGAUGGUCAAUUUCGACCGAAGAUCCCAAGCCUCAAAGCCUUUUUAAUUUUCCAAUGGUGGGCAUGUACACACACACAUUCCUUCCGUUCGCACCGCGGUGAGCAGUUGGGCUUCCUGCCGACGAUGCCGUUGCUGGCAACAAUCCCUCCGGAGGAUGGCAGAAGCUCAACCCGUGGCAGGACCUUCUUGAGGAUUGGCACACUGGAGAACCGACGUGACAUCCCCAUCUUGGCCCCGAAUCAUGGCCCGUUUCUCUACUUUUGA